AUGCAGCCGGUGUCCCUGGAGGAGAAGCCCAACCCGCCGCAGAAGGCGAACGUCUGCUCCCGGCUGUUCUGGUGGCUAAACCCCUUGUUUAAAAUUGGUCAUGAACAGAAAUUAACACAAGAUGACAUGUACUUGGUGCUUCCAGAAGAUCGCUCCCAGCACCUUGGAGAAGAGCUGCAAGGGUACUGGGAUCAGGAAGUUUUGAGAGCCAAGACACACAAACGGGAGCCUUCUUUAAUGAAAGCAAUCGUAAAGUGUUACUGGAAAUCCUGUCUAGUUUUAGGAAUAUUUACAUUUCUUGAGGAAGGCACCAAAGUAGUUCAACCCAUCUUUUUGGGGAAAAUGGUUAGUUAUGUUGAAAACUAUGAUCCUGCCAAUUCUGCUGCUUUGCACAAAGCCUACGGCUACGCGGCAGGGCUGAGCGCCUGCGUGCUCAUGUGGGCCGUUCUGCACCACGUGUACUUCUACCACAUUCAGCGUGUGGGGAUGAGGCUGAGAGUAGCCGUGUGCCAUAUGAUCUACCGUAAGUCACUUUGCCUGAGUAGCUCGGCCAUGGGGAAGACAACCACAGGCCAGAUAGUCAACCUGCUGUCCAAUGAUGUGAACAGGUUUGAUCAGGUAACGAUGUUCCUGCACUAUCUGUGGGUGGGGCCACUGCAGGCUGUCGCAGUGACCGCCCUGCUCUGGAUGGAAAUAGGAAUGUCGUGUCUUGCUGGGAUGGGAGUUCUCAUUAUUCUUCUGCUUUUGCAAAGCUGCAUUGGAAAUGCAUUUUCAUUGCUCAGGAGUAAGACCGCAGCUCUCACAGAUGACAGGAUCAGGACCAUGAGUGAAGUUAUAACUGGCAUCAAAACAGUAAAAAUGUAUGCUUGGGAACAGUCAUUUAUAGACCUUAUUACCAGAUUGAGAAGGAAAGAAAUUUCCAAGAUUCUGAAAAGUUCCUACCUUAGGAGCAUGAAUUUGGCAUCAUUUUUCGCUGUCAGCAAAAUUAUGAUUUUUGUCACCUUCAUCACCAAUGAGCUCCUUGACAACCUGAUCACAGCCAGCCAAGUGUUUGUGGUGGUAACACUGUUCGAGGCUCUGCGGUUCUCAAGCACCCUCUACUUCCCCAUGGCCAUUGAGAAGGUGUCAGAGGCCGCUGUCAGCAUCCGAAGAAUCAAGAAUUUUUUAUUACUUGAUGAAAUACCACAGGUCAACACUCAGCUGCCAUCAGAUGGUAAAGUGAUGGUCGACAUGCAAGAUUUCACUGCUUUUUGGGAUGAGGAAUCAGAAACCCCAACCCUACAAGGCCUUUCCUUUACUGUCAGACCCGGUGAGCUGUUAGCUGUGGUCGGACCUGUGGGAGCAGGAAAGUCAUCACUGUUAAGCGCUCUGCUGGGAGAGCUGCCCCCGAGCCAGGGGAAGGUCAGCGUGCUCGGGAGGAUCGCAUAUGUUUCUCAGCAGCCCUGGGUGUUUCCAGGGACUGUGAGGAGUAACAUUUUAUUUGGGAAGAAAUAUGAAGAAGAGCGAUAUGAAGAAGUAAUAAAGGCUUGUGCUUUGGAAGAGGAUUUGCAGAAUUUGAAGGAAAGAGAUCUAACUGUGACAGGAGAUGGAGGAACCCCGCUGAGUGAAGGACAGAAAGCCCGGGUCAGCCUGGCCAGGGCUGUGUAUCAGGACGCAGACAUCUACCUCCUGGACGAUCCACUCAGCGCAGUGGAUGCAGAAGUCAGCAGGCACUUGUUCAAACAGUGUAUUCAUCAGGCCUUGAAGGAAAAAAUCACAGUCUUAGUAACUCAUCAGUUGCAGUACCUAGAAGAUACAAGUCAGAUUCUGAUACUGAAAGAUGGCAAAACAGUGAAAAGGGGAACUUACUCUGAGUUCCUGAAAUCUGGUAUAGAUAUUCUUUCCCUUUUUGAGAAGGGGAAUAAGCAGCCUGAACCAUCUCCAGUUCCAGGAACUCCCACUCUGAUCUCCGAGUCUUUGGGUCAGUCUCUACAGUCUCCUAGACCCUCGUUGAAAGAUGUGGCUCCAGAAUACCAAGAUACUGAGAACAUACAGGUUACACUACCUCUAGAAGACCGAUUGGAAGGAAAAGUGGAGUUUAAGACCUAUGCAAAUUACUUCACAGCUGGUGCUCACUGGUCUGUCAUCAUCUUCCUUGUUCUAGUAAACAUCGCAGCUCAGGUUGCCUAUGUCCUGCAGGAUUGGUGGCUUUUAAAGUGGGCGAAUGUAAAAAGUGGCCUGUAUUUUGGGACAAAUGUAGAAGAAGCCGUAGAUGUAAUGUUUGUGCUGAACUGGUUCUUAGCAGUUUAUUCAGGAUUAACUGUAUCUACCAUCCUUUUUGGCAUUACAAGGUCUCUGCUGAUAUUCUACGUCCUUGCUAAUUCUUCACAAACUUUGCACAACAAAAUGUUGGAGAGCAUUUUGAGAGCUCCAGUAUUGUUCUUCAAUAGAAAUCCAGUAGGAAGAAUUUUAAAUCGUUUCUCCAAAGACAUUGGACAUAUGGAUGACUUGCUGCCCCAGAUAUUUCAAGAUUUCAUCCAGAUAUUUCUACUUGUGAUUGGAGUGAUGGGUGUCAUGGUGGCUGUGAUUCCUUGGGUUGCUAUACUUGUGAUUCCCUUCGGCAUGAUUUUCUUUGUUGUCCAGUGGUAUUUCUUAAGGACAUCACGAGAUGUGAAACGCCUGGAAUCUGAAGCACAGAGUCCAGUGUUUUCUCACUUAGCAUCUUCUCUCCGAGGACUCAGGACCAUCCAGGCGUACAAAGCCGAACACAAGUUUCAGAAACUGUUCGACUCACACCAGGAUUUGCACUCAGAGGCUUGUUUCCUGCUUUUGACGAUGUCCCAACAGCUCACUAUGUAUCUGGAUGUCAUCUGUGCCAUCUUUGUCACUAUUGUUGCCUUUGUGGCCCUGAUUCUGGCAGAUACUUUGAAUCCUGGGGAGGUUGGCCUGGUCCUGUCUCUAAUCAUCACACUUACGGGGAUGUUCCAGUGGUGUAUCAGGCAAAGUACCGAAGUUGAGAAUAUGAUGAUUUCAGUAGAAAGGGGGAUUGAAUAUACAGACCUUGAGAAAGAAGCACCCUGGGAACUCGAGUAUCGUCCACCACCAUCCUGGCCUCAUGAAGGAAGAUUUACUUAUGUUAACGUCAAGUACAGCCUGGAUGGGCCUCUGGUAUUGAAGAACCUGGACACGCUCAUUGACCCAAGAGAAAAGCGUGGCAUUGUGGGAAGAACAGGAGCUGGAAAAAGUUCCCUCAUCACUGCUCUUUUUAGAUUAUCAGAACCUGAAGAACCUGACAUUUGGAUUGAUGGGAUCUGGACCACCAACAUUGGACUUCAUGAUUUAAGGAAGAAAAUGUCAGUUGCACCUCAGGAACCUGUUUUAUUCACUGGAACAAUGAAGAAAAAUCUGGAUCCUUUUAAUGAACAUACAGAUGAGGAACUAUGGAAUGCCUUAGAAGAGGUGCAACUUAAAGACAACAUCGAACAUCUUCCUGGUAAAAUGAAUACUGAACUAGCAGAAUCUGGGUUGAACUUGAGUGUUGGACAGAGACAACUGGUGUGCCUUGCUCGGGCUAUUCUCAAGAAAAAUCAGAUAUUGAUUAUUGACAAAGCCACAUCAAAUGUGGAUCCAAGAACUGAUGAGUUAAUACAGAAAAAAAUUCGUGAGAAAUUUGCUCACUGCACUGUGCUAACCAUCACACACAGGUUGAGCAAUGUCAUCGACUGUCAACGGAUAUCAGUUUUGGAUUCAGGGAGACGGAAAGAAACUGGUCAGCCAAAUGAUUUGCUGCAGAACAGAAACAGUCUGUUUUAUAAAAUGGUGCAUCAACUGGGCAAGGAGGAAGUAGCUGUCCUCACUGAAAGGGCAAAAUAGGACAGGGAGUUGUCAUUAAAGUUUGUCUCCAGGUUCCCUCUUCAUAAGAUCUCUAUCAGGGGUCUGAUAACAAGCACUCUGUGCCCUUAUAAACCUCCAGAGACUAAGCUUCAUGAGUGGGUCUUAACACAUGGCAGGUUAAGAGCAGGUCUGCUGAGAAUCUGCAGCAGUGGUGGGGAUGGGGUCACCAUAUGUGAACCCUUCUGUGUGCAUACCUGUGCCUGCGACAGAGAUGUCAGAUUGGACUUUCCACACUUCUGGACUCUGGGUUCAGAUUCUCAUAGAUCACAGAACACUCUCAUUUUGCAGACCCUUUACAUUCAUUCUGAUUGGUGCUCAACAUAUUUGUGAUGCACGUUCUGUCAAGGAAUAUCCAGGAAAUUUGAGAGUUCAGGGGAUAAUUUUUGAAAUAUUUUGAUUCUAGGAAGAUCUUCCAGGGAACAGUGUAGGUCUCUUCUGUUUUCUAAUCUGUAAAGAAAACUUCUACAUGAUACUGCCAGUUUCUCCCUAAUUCUUUGUUGUUUAGACUUAGGUGUAUUUGCCACCCACCACCCCCAGGCUUUCUCUACCUUCUAGAAAAUGAAAUUGUCAUCAGGACAAAUCAAGAUCUCAUAAUACCUUCACACUGUAGUCUGAAUGGUGCUUGAAGGUUUACAAAGCACUUUCUCAGAGAUGAGGUGUGUGAAGGACUAAACACUGUGUAUGGUGUGAGGAAGGGGAUCGAUGGGUAACAUUCAUGUCACGUGAUAUCUUCCUAACAAAGGUGAGAUGGUAACUGAAGUCUAGUGUAGGAGAUUCAGCCGUUGUCAUACAGCCAUCUGUAAGUCUUUCUGGAAGGAGGUGGGAGUGAAAAUAGGGUUGAUGGGAAGAUGGAGGGAGGGAAGGAAGGUCUGGUGUUCUUGACCCUUGACAUGCAGGGUUUGGGGUGGGAUGAGGCUUCCAGCUGCCUGUGGUGAGGCUUCCCCAUAGAAAAUUUAUCUCCUAGUAUUAAAUUGUGGGUAUGUUUUCUGCUCUUCAUACUUUUGUGCAUUUCGCAGAUUUUCACUUGUGAGUAGAAUAAGAUUACUAGUGUAAUAUUUUAAAUGUCUUAAAGAAAACAUGUCUCAGUAUCUUAAGUACUACUAUAUGAAACAUUUAUCUAAAAUGUGGCCUUAGUUCAUCACUGUCUCAUCUCAACCCUCCUUAGAAAUGAAGAAAUGGAGAGCAGUACCUUCCACUGCUCAUAGUGUAGGAGACUUCCUGGGUUGCAGAGCUGGCUGAAGAGGUGGCAGAGUUAGAGUUCGUACUUAGGUUUAGAGACAAGAAAGUCUGUGUUCUGAACUUUUCCAAAGUACUUAUAUUGUAUGCAGCUGUAGAGUGUGUGUGUUAGUCAUCAAGUCAUGUUUGACUCUGCAACACCAUUAUCUGUAGCUUACCAGUCUCCUCUGUCCAUGGAAUUUUGCAGGCAAGAAUACUGGAGUGGGUUGCCAUU